AUGUCAGUCAGUGGACCCUGCCUCUGGUUGUCAUCAGUAUCGCCUCCUACUACAUCGCAUUUAUCUGCAAUUACGAGCCAUCUCUCUCCAGCUACCUGGAAUAGCGAUCAGACCCAACCACGGUCAGACGUGGUCCCGUCAAGGUUACUCUGGUCGUGGGAGAAGGACAGCGAAUCCUCAAAGACUCCUCCAGCCGAGAUGCAACCAGCUGCCAUGAGGGCUGAAAAUGCCUUUUCCGGUAGCGAUGCUCCCGCGGGUCCAAGCAGCGGACUCUUCUCUGAGGCAGAAAUGCCCCCGAAGGAUGCAGAACAUCGGGUUGCCGAAGCUGGCAAUGAUGCUCCGUUGUCGAGGAUGAGAUUAGAGAAGAUGAACCGCAGUGAGCCGCUUCUUCCUUUGCCCCGCGAGGCGGUCAGUUCAAGUCCUCCUAGGGAUUUGACGCCAGAGGCGAAGGAAAUACAGCGUGGUGAGACGGUGGAAACCGAGAAGGAAAGUGGCGAGGGGAUGAUGACUUCGUCGGAUGAAGGAGGAGGAUCAUCUAUUGGUGGCGAGCAUCAGAAGCAGUCAUCAGAUUCUAAAUCUGAGAAAAAGAAGAUGAAGCGAUUCCGUCUGACUCACAAUCAAACUCGAUUUUUGAUGAGUGAAUUUACUCGACAAGCACACCCGGACGCUGCACACCGGGAGCGCUUAUCGAGGGAAAUCCCCGGUCUGACUCCGCGUCAGGUUCAAGUCUGGUUCCAGAAUAGACGGGCAAAGCUCAAGCGCCUUACCAGCAACGAUCGAGAGCGAAUGUUGAAAUCAAGGGCCCUGCCCGAUGAUUUCGACACAACCCAAGUCUUACGGACACCUUUUGGCGGCAAGUCAGCAUCAGAGACACCAGUUCUUCUUACAGAUGGAAUGCAACGGCCAAAUGAGGAAGAAUAUGUCAUCUCUCCAAUGAGCUCGGCAUCUACCAACAAUGGAAACUACUUUUCUUCGAAUACACUUGAACGUGGAUCUGAGAAUUUCCAUCACCCUGGCACCCUUCCCAGCCGAGGAGCCCCGAUAUCUGAGCUACAAAGGAGCAACCGCGGGGCCUUCCCAUUUGCGAGAUCCAGCAGCUUUUCAGAACCCUCGUUCAACACUGGGUUGCACAUGCCUGGUCGAUUUUCGCGACCGGGUGCAGAUCCGUUGGGCCAUCCCAAUAUGCCAUACACACGGCGAGUUAUGGAAUAUGGAAUUCCCAGGCCUGGUUCGAAUGGCAUGGUCAUAGGUUACGAUCACCACCGACCUCUGGAAGGCUCAGUGUCACCAACAAACCCACAAGAUACAUCUAUGCCAUACAAUGUGGACAACCAUAGUCCACAAGUACAGGGGUAUCAGUCGCAACUCACCAUGCCAGUUCCAAAGGGGUUUGGAGGGUUGGAAAUGAACUCGCAGAUGCAGCCUCAUAACCGACAUAUACCAAAUCUCGAAUACCGACCAUUCUCAUAUGACCACCAAUCCUAUCCCAUGAACUCAACGAUCCCCUUUACCCAGGCCAAUGCUUCGAGCUUGAGCCUUCCGGCCUCCUUCCCUACCUCGGACGCAGGACACGUUCCCCAAGGUGCCGUGUGCAGUGCACCCGACGACCGAAUGAACCCUCCACCACUAAUGGACCCAUUGCGGUCGAAAUUCGGCAAUCAGACCUUUGAAUAUGCCAACUACCUAUAA